AUGGCUUUUGGUGACGGGGGAAUGGCCUUUGGUGGCGGGAGAAUGGCCUUUGGUGGCGGGGGAAUGGCCUUUGGUGACGGGAGAAUGGCCUUUGGUGGCGGGAGAAUGGCCUUUGGUGGCGGGAGAAUGGCCUUUGGUGGCGGGAGAAUGGCCUUUGGUGGCGGGAGAAUGGCCUUUGGUGGCGGGAGAAUGGCCUUUGGUGGCGGGGGAAUGGCCUUUGGUGACGGGAGAAUGGCCUUUGGUGGCGGGAGAAUGGCCUUUGGUGGCGGGAGAAUGGCCUUUGGUGGCGGGAGAAUGGCCUUUGGUGGCGGGAGAAUGGCCUUUGGUGACGGGGGAAUGGCCUUUGGUGGCGGGAGAAUGGCCUUUGGUGACGGGAGGAUGGCCUUUGGUGACGGGAGAAUGGCCUUUGUUAAUUUUCUCCGUAAAUUCUACAGCAUGAAGUUUCCUUAG